UUCCGGCCCGCGCAGCCCACACCCCUCCAACGCUUCCUCCGUAAACCGCUCCUUUUCAUCGCAACAUACCUCUACACGCACCAGCCGCCCCUCAAGCAGAAGCGACGGAACAGCAACAAUAGCAGCAGUCAAAGUAAUGGUAGGACCACACCACACCACAUAACCGUCGUCUGCCUCUCCGACACACAUAAUACACAGCCCCUUAUCCCCGCAGCCGACAUCCUCCUUCACGCCGGCGAUCUCACCCAGAACGGCACCUUCGCAGAGCUCCAAGCAACACUGGACUGGCUCGCCGCUCUCCCCCACCGCCAUAAGUUCGUCAUAGCAGGAAACCACGACCUCCUCCUGUCCCCCUCUUUCGUUGCCUCUGCGCCAAGCCGCGUCUUCACUACCACACCUGGCUGCACGAAGGAAGACUUAGAAUGGGGUGACGUCACCUACCUUGAGGACAGCAGCGCGACCGUCACUGUAAGAGGGAGAGAUGUCAAGAUCUGGGGUGCGCCGUGGACACCGAAGUACGGGAACUGGGCUUUCCAGUAUCCGCCCGGGGAGGACGUUUGGCAGGGCAAGAUACCUGGCGACGCAGAUAUCGUGGUGACGCACGGUCCGGCACAGGGACACCUGGACGUCAACGGGAUGGGGCACGCGGGGUGUGCGUGGAUGGGGCGUGAGCUGGAGAGGGUGAAACCCCGGCUCGCGGUGUAUGGACACAUACAUGAGUCGAGAGGGCGGGAAUACGUGCGCUGGGAUAGGGUGCAGAGGAUGUAUGAGGGUGUGUUGGGG